AUGCCCCAGCCCAAGCCGGGGAGGGCGGCGGCGGAGGACGAGGCGGCGGACGAGGGCUCCGCAGGAGGAGGCGGCGGCGGCGGAGACAAGCGAGAGCCGGCCCGGCCCAGGAUGAACGGGGAGAACAUCUUCACUUGCCAAUCCAAAAUCUACAGUUACGUGAACCCCGGUAAAACGUCCAGCUCUCGGCCCCCACUUCAAGAGGAAAAUUCUGCCACGCAUCCCGAGACGAAAGGGCAAACCUGCAGACUUGAAACUUGCCAAAAACUGGAAGGUAAGACUAAGUUUCUCUCCUGGGAGUUGGCUGUGCAACCCGGAUACUUUGUUGGCGACUCGACCUCCAGUGUUGCAAAAUCCGACAGCCAGCACAGCAAAGCAAUCGAAUGUGAACCUUUACCGUCUCUCUCCAGCCCGAAUCCCGAACCGACAGAAACUCACAAACUCUCGCCAGCCAAAUCAGACGAGGUCACCAGCCAAAAGCAGGUCCCGAAAAAGGGAGGCAAAAAACCUGCAUCCCGAAGGAAAGGCCAAGGAAAAACGCCGCCAAACCGAAAGGUAACUGAUUAUUAUCCGGUUAGAAGAAGUUCCAGAAAGAAUAAAAAAGAAUUACAGACAGAGGAGAAGAAACGGAUAGAUGAGUUAAUCGAGAGUGGGAAAGAAGACGGAAUGAAGAUCGACUUCAUCGAUGGCAAAGGCCGGGGCGUCAUCGCAACCAGGCAUUUUAACCGGGGUGAAUUUGUGGUUGAAUAUCACGGAGACCUCAUUGAAAUUAUGGAUGCGAAGAAACGGGAAGCGGCUUACGCCCAGGAUCCAUCGACUGGCUGUUAUAUGUACUAUUUCCAAUUCUUGAGUAAGACUUUCUGUGUCGAUGCCACGAAAGAGACCGACCGCCUGGGACGUUUGGUGAAUCACAGCAAGUCUGGGAAUUGUCAGACGAAGCUCCACGACAUCGGUGGCGUCCCCCACCUCAUCUUGGUGGCCUCCCGAGACAUUAAAGCUGGCGAGGAGUUGCUGUACGAUUAUGGGGACCGGAGCAAAGCUUCUUUGGAGGCCCAUCCAUGGCUGAAACACUAAGGGGAUCCCUUGCACGCGAGUAAGCAUUGGAUGUUCCUCGUGGAAGACCCAUUGGCAGCUCUUAGGGGUGGUUACUUCCAAGAGGUCUCGUUUGUGGCCAGCUGACAGGCCAACAGGGACGAUGGAGUCUUCACCUGAACGGACUUUUAAAUAUGAAGGGCCUGAU